AUGGACAAAGCUGUACGCCCCUCUUGCAACAGCCUAGCAUUUUGUUUUUUUUUUACAGAGCUAUCGGCAACUCAAGUUCUUAUCCGUAAAUUAAUCACAUUGACUGAUCUUACUGUUUGUUUGGAUCGACGAAAUGCAGCAGGAAAAAUAGAUGUGUACUUAGAACCUAUGUUGUACCGAUGUUCUUUAGAAUUGCGCUUUAUGAGAAGAUAUCACAAUGCAACAGUCAAACAAGCUUCUACUACUCGUAUAGAUAUUCAUUGCAAUAGCAUGGAAUUUAGUAUGACAUCACAACAGUUUCCUAUGCUCAUGCGACUUUUAGUUUUAGCACAAACUCUCCAAAGUCAUGAAUUAAAAAAACAAAAUAUGGCAAACAAUGGUGAAAGUGAAAGUAGUACCCAAAGCGAGGAAACAGUUGAAGAAAGUCAACAAGUUGGAUGGGCAGGUUGGGCUUGGAGUUUAGUUCCAUCUAUUUUACCAACAUGGGAUGAAGAUUGGUCUGAUGAGCAACAAGUUAUGAAUUUAGGGCAUACAACACAUAUAGGAGUGUUUGUUGACAAUGCCUUAUUUUCAUUUAAAGUUUCUGAAUCAAGUAGUGAAAAAACUUAUUAUGCUCCUAAAAAAUUAAAGUAUUGGCCUAUUCUGUCCUUGAGACUUCAGGGAUGCAUGCUACAAACUGUGUCACACAAUGUGAAUUGGACAAACACUCAAGUAGGAAUAUCAAAGUUAUCUUUGUUGCCAUCAGGAGACUGUGUUUGCGGGGCUGAUGAGGUGUUAGAUAACAUGCAACCUCAAGAGUACUUCAAAAGCUUGUUGAGUCCAACAAUGUGCCAUUUUAGUGACUCAUUGCUAGAUUCUGAAAGCUUUGAGAAUCGUGGGCAGAGAAGGAUGUAUAAUCUUUCAUGGGAUGAACAUAUGGAUUUGGUAAAUGAAGAAUACUUACUAUCCAGAAGUCCUGCUCUGGCAGUUGAUAUUUUAUAUAAUUUAGAAAUUCCUGAGGAUUUUCCACAAGAAAAAGUACAUGAAAUUGCAUGUGAUUUAGAGUAUAGUAACUUUAAAGAAAGGACUUCAAUAAGAGCUUUUGUUGGUCCUUUUAAUUUGAGAUAUACAUCAGGUUUAGUACACAGAUUGAAUGUUUUACAACAAGCUUCUGAACUAUAUGAUUAUCAACCAUAUAUUGAAACAAAACCUUCACCAUCAUAUUCUGAACUUCCACCACCAUCUAGUGAAGAUUAUGAUGCUUUAACAGAAUACUUACCUAUGCAGAAAAUUGAAUUCACAUGUAUUAGACCAUCAAUAGAGUUUAUUUUAUGGGAUCACAUGCCUAGUAAUCAUCAAAAUCCUAAAAAGAGACAUCAAUCAUUUUCUUCUGUAAAUGAGAAAUAUAGUACUGCCAAAGAACUUCCUAAGCUUAAAUUAGACAUUGAAAACAUUUAUGCAAAACUGGAGAAACCUAUGUAUCCUAAUAGAUUGGUAUAUACUACAUGCAAACUUCCUAACCCACCAAAGAAUUUAUUGGAUUCAUGUUAUGUGAAAACUUUAGCGACAUGUCAUGGGCUCAAGUUAAGUUUAGUAAUCAAAGAUAAGGCAAGCAUAUUACUGAAUCCUGCGCAUAUAACAUACACUGGUAAUACUAUUUUGUUAAGUAAAUAUUGGAGAGAUAAAGAUAUUUCCUUGGAAGAAUUAUCUGUAAGUGUUGAUUCCAUUAAUGUAACAAGUACAAAACCAAGAUCUUUGGCUAGUCAUAUCUUAGAUUCUGUUGUGCGGCAAAAUAAAGAUGGUUUUACAGCAAUUUUUGGAUCAACCUUAUUAUUAGAUUCAUGUUUGGACGCUAGGAUGGAACACUUGGAGUUUAAUUUAGAAAAUAUGUAUGUUGUAAGAAAUUUAACUGUGUGCACUCAAUCUUAUCAUUUUACCCUGGAAUCUUGUAAAGCUUUUAUUAUUGAGCCAAUGCUAAUAAAAAAAAAUAAGGAAGCCACAUACACAUAUGAAACAAGUGAAUUAUCCACUUACUUGUUAAAAACUAUGAGUAAAAGUGUUAAAGUACGUAUGACAGAAACAUUUAACGUGAACCAAGCACAGCAAGUUAUCAUUUUAUCUGGACCUGAAGUUGAAAUGAAAGGUUCUCAGAUGGUACACAACUCAAAUAUUUUGCUUUCUCUAACAAUCCAACUCCCUUUAAAACAAGGCGUUCCUGAUCAUCCAGCAUUAAUAUUAUUUAAUUUGGCUGAGUUACGAAUAAGUUUGGACCCACUGCUUUGCAAAUGGUUGCGCUAUGAACCGAGGAAGUUCUUGCAACGAAGAGAUAAAAUUAGUUUUGAUCAUGGUAGCGUUCGAAGAAGGCGAUGUUCAGAAGCCAGUGGUGGAAGUUUGGAAACACCAAGGAGAGUUGGCCCACAACCAACAUCUGUUCAUUCUUCAGAAAACCAGCAAAGAAAUCCAUCAAUUCCCAUUCGUACUAUGUCUCCACCACCUGAGCAUGUCCAGGAACCACAUGAAACACAAUGGUUCAAAUCAGUAUUAGAUUGGCAUGUGGUGUGGAAAUCAUUAUUGAUUAUAGGUGAUUUAAAUCAAGUUACUAUAUAUUGUCCAACUGCAUCUAUUCCUGCUUUAGGUGCUCAAAAUUUACAAAGUGCUUACUUGAACAAUGUUGAUAUAAAUCCGGAUUUAGAAAUUUUUGUUUUGAAGUUACCAUUUUGCAGUCUGAGAAGUGCUAAUCAAAGGCAGAAGUUAGAUCCAUAUAUAAUUUACUAUCCUAUUAAAUUACCUGAAAAUAUUUGGACGGAUGGCAAAAAAAGUUUUCCUUGGACUAUUUCGAUCUGGGAUUUUUCAAGUUAUACAGUGAGAUAUAAUAAAACAUAUCAGUUUAUAAAACCUGUUACAUGCAAUGCAACUAUUGCUGUCACUACUAAAUCUUACCGCAGAAUGAGUGCAGAUUCAAUGAAAAAUGAUGUAAAAAAUUCAAAGUCAGAAGGUUUAGAGCAAUCAGAUAGUAGAAGUGAUUUCCGAGACAGUGAUCAUAAUAUUACGCCAGGAAAGGUUCCCAGUCUUGUCGACAUGUUCAAUAAAUCUUCUAACACGAGUUUAGAUAUAAACAGUAGCAAUAAUUGCAAUUGUACAGAUCAGUUGUGUUCAUUGGGCAUUUGUGUAUAUCUUGAUACAAUGCCUAUAGUUAUUUGCAUGUCUGAACCUCAAGUUGCAUUAAUUUCGAGCUUAGCAGUAGGUUUAUCUGAGAUAUUUUCCACAAUUUCACAGAAUGGUCAAAUUCAACCAACAUUUCCUAGAAGUCAAAAUCCAACAACGCCCACAGAUAUUUUGUUCAAAGAAAGUACGCGAGCGUCUACCAUCAGUGGCAAUACACAAUCAGUCGAAGAGACUGAUUUAGAAACGGGUCCUAAAUUUACCGUUUUCAUACAAUGGACGUUGACAAAAUUUAGUGUAAAAUUGUAUGGCAAUGAAGGAGCAGCACAGCUUAAGCUUUCACUUGAUGUGGAAGAUAUUGUUAAUAGUUUAGAUAUGCAAAGUGUUUAUAUAAAAUAUAAAACCAAAAUAGCUACAGCUAGUGUGAAACAUUAUAGAAUGGAUCCUUAUUCUAAAAGAUGGGUUAAUGGCCCAUAUCUUGGCAUUGUUAUGAAAGUUAGAGAAAAUGGAAAUUCUUCAUCAGAAGAUAAUAGUUUUGCAAGUAUUAUAUAUACAAGGGCUCGAUGCGGUAAUGUGCAUAAUCGAUGGGGUGCAAAAAAGUAUAAACACCGUGACAAAUACAAUAAACCAUCUGUUUCUAAAGUUCGAUACUUAUCAGAGUUGAUGGUUAACUUACAAUCUGUCGAUUUGGUGUUAAGCCCAAAAACUUUAUCAAGCUUUCUAUUGGUAUUACACCCAUUAUCAAAUACGUCAACAACCACUUCAGCUAGACCUUGUGUUCGAACUCCAGAUCCUUUGCAUAGUGACGCUGGAAAUUUUCAAUCAUUAGCUGUGCUUAAUUUACCACUAAUUUAUUUAGACAUUCGCGGUUUACGGUUUAUCAUACCAUCUUCUGAUCAAAAUUCUCGAUUUUUAUUUCAAGAUGUUUUUAUUUUACAAAUAACACACAUUAAUUUAAACCCUGCACCGGACAAUCCUAUAUGUAGAUCACCGCUUCGUCCAGAUUUAUAUCAACAAGCUGCACAAGCUGAUUUGUUAAACGUUCCCGGUUCCGAAAUUGAAGAUAGGCAGUAUCAACUAACUGCAAGUUCUUUUCAUAUUAGUGCAUGCGUUUGGUCACAAUUAAAACAUUGCUUAGCAGUAGAGAAUACAGAUUUUAAUCUUCGCACCAUGAAUGAAAAUCCAGCUCUGGAAUGGAAUAACUUAGACAGUAAAAAAUCUACAUUGGCGUCAAACCUUGUCUUAAUUCCGGUUGUUAAUAAAUUUGAUUUGUGUAUAGUAGCGGCUCCUGCGAUGGUUCAUGGAUCAACAAUCAUUUGCGGACAUGCAGUGGAAAUUAAUUGUGUUAGCGAUUUAGAAGUGAGCAUUAGUGUCGAUCAGGUGAAACUAGCCCAAUUAUUAGCUGCCGAAUGCAGUAGAAUGAUGAAUCCGAUUAAUGAUGCUAGUAGAAGUUCAAUAGUUUUUCCUUAUAUGCAAUCUGCAACGUCAAGUUCUAUUCCUGAUGAUGACAAUCUUCUAGUAAAUGAAAUUCAGUAUGAAAGCAAUAUCGUCACAACAUCUCCAUUAGAUUCUGGCGUAGACGUAGCAGAUUUUAGCAGUGAGAAUAUUGCUUUAACUAAAUUGAGCAAUGAAACUAUAGAUGAAUUUACCAUGUUUGAAAAGAAAAUCAAUGAGAAGCCGAUACGUCCUUUAUAUGAUCAUGAAACUUUUAUACCUUUCGAACUUAUAUUUACUGGCGGCAUAAUUGGAAUAGCCUUCUAUCAAAAUCACAAAGUAACAAAAUCUAGGGUAUCUUUUAGCGCUAGCACUUCUGAACAUAUUAUGAUAAUGUAUGACAAGGGUUACGAAGCAUCUGCAGAAGAUUAUAUGGAGGAUAAUUUAAAUUCGAUUACUCAACCUUUAAUACGAUUGGUUAUAGAACAACCUAACGCGUUGAUUUCUAAAACAGCCUUCGAUCGACGUUUUCAAGUUUCCAUUUUCGACAUCCGUUUAGACAUCAGUGUUAUGAAUUCAAGUGUUGAGAAGAACACACCUCAGCCGAGUGAUUAUAGAUUGAUCUUGUUAGAGACUAAACCAGGACAGACCAAUCCCGCUACUGGUGUUCCCCCGGCACUGAUUACCGUGAGAUGUACUUCGGUAAUGGGUAAAAGUAAUGAUUUAGAUAUUGUUGUAGCUCGUCCGAUAAAAUUACAUUUCUCAGUUGACCGAUGGCAACAUUUGAUGCUGAUUCAAAAGAAACUGGUAUACUGUGCUCAAAAUGAAGAAACGAUUUAUAUCAAAAGUGUUUCGAAUGAAAAUGAAGAACCAAGUUUAGAAUUUUGUAACCCGCCAAGUGUUUUCAAUAAGUUUAAUGCAAUAAAAUUAAAAGCUGGAAGUUUGGGUCACAUUACUUUUAAUACAACACAGUUAAUUUUAAAUUUAAAUACCAUGGAAAACGAUGAAUUGAAUUUGGCAGUGGCUGGCAUGAAAGCAAAGUUAGCUAUUUGCAAUCGCCCGGAAAAAAUUCAAAGUUCUGUGGGUUUCGAAAGCAUUUCCUUAAACUUAGUAAAUUCUAAUUCAAGAAUGAUGCUUUCCCCUUGGUCCUUUGAUGUUUACACUACAUUAUACUGGGAAUCUUGGCAACAUCCUAAUGAUGAUUUGAUACAAAUUAAUGUCGAUUCAGAUUGUCUAAUGGUGAAUGUAGGGCCUGAACAUAUAAAAAUUUUGCAAAAACUUAAUAAGGAAUACGAGGAAAUAUUCGAGGAAUUGACAACUUACAGUGAAUCCAGUGAAAAUAGUAAGACAACUACUACACCUAAUACACAACAAACUCAAGAUCAGCAUUAUAAAGACGACUUGAGAGCUGGUGCAUUCCAAUUUGUGGACGCCUCGCUAGGUGAAGAAAUACCGCUCCCAUAUCAAGUUCUUUUCUGGUCUGGAAUUCAAGGAACUGGAAGUAUGUCUUGGAGAUACCCUCAACCAAGGCUGUUGACGAAAGUUCAUAUUUAUCCCGUACCAUUUCAGGUUAAUCCAGAAGAUGUAACAAAUCUGACUGUCUACUGCCAACUUGAAUAUUACUCCGAGGUACAUGGCUCUUUUCUGCCCUACUGCCAAUUUACAUUGUCUGAAAGUAAAAUGCUUCGAUUAAACAUGCCGACGCAUAUUCCAGAUGCGUGCUCCGCUAGUGUUUGGCGAGUUUUAAUGUCUUCCACAAAUUUUGACUCUGAAACUAAUUUCAUGACCAAACAUAAACGCCUAAGAGUCGAAAAUUAUAAUGGAGAAAAUCUAAAUUUCGGACUCAUUGUUAGCCCGAGAGCAUUGGCCGCCUGCAUGAGGAUAGAUUCUUUCUUCAGCGCGAGUUUGGUACCUAAAACCAAAUGCGUUGUGAAAGUUUCAUGUUUAAAAGUUAAUUUAUUCAACAAUUUAGAUGACAGUCAAGCUUUUGUGAUGCCUGAUGUUUUAAAAUCGUAUCAGAUUAAUACGAUCGAUGCUUAUAAUCAAGAGGUAAUGACAUUAACUUUGGAUGCAACUAAAAUGUAUUUUUCAAAUUGGACCAAUGAAUCCAUGGUGAUAAAAUUAGAUACUUCUAUGAAAUGUAGUGUGUUAGAUUAUGGUUUCCUCACAACACAGUCAUUUCUAGAACCUACGGUAUUGAAUUUCAAUUAUUCGAAAGCUAAUAACACAAGUACUAGCUUAAUGUCCAAACCUAUAGUAUUGAAGUUUGGCCCAUCUAUCGCACAUACAUUGGCCAUCACAGAGCAGAUGUGGAAAGCUAAUUUCACAAAUGCUCAGGCGAUGAAGCUAGAAAGUGCAAAUGCGAUUGAAUUAAUACCAAUGACUAGAUAUGUAAUAUGCAAUGAUACUAGUUUUACUUUAAGUUUUGGCCAAUCUGCUACUGAUGAAAGUGUCAUUCUUACACCACUGGCGUGUAACUAUUAUGCUUGGAGAUCUCAUAAAAAAAAACAAUUACUAAGGAUUUGUGUUCUUCAAUAUGAUCAAAUGUGGUCUGAGGCAUUUGCUAUUGAAAAAUGUGGAAAGCUUUAUAUAAGAUUUGAUCUAAACCCACAAGUUAUAAUAAUAGUAGACAUUACUAUGUUAUCAGGCACUCAGAAAAAAAUUACAUUUAGGGGACAAUUAGAUGUUUAUAAUAUGACAAAGGAAGUUUUUGAAAUGAAAGUUUUUCCAGCAGGUUUUGAUAAAUCUAGAUUGGGAGAUAUUCAAGCAAACAGCUUGCCAGGCCGAAGUAGAGGUCUAAGUUUAAUAUUGGAGUCAAAUGAUGAUUUGUUCAUGAGGUUAAGAUUUCAAGGUUUAGAUACAUAUUGGUCAGGAGACAUUCCAUUAAAAGAAAACUCCAAAAAUUAUCAGCCAUGGUUAGUUAAAGUUCCAUUGCAAGAUAAGGGUCAGUUUUUAUGUGUUUGGUGUAAAAUUCUAACACAAAAUGAUAAUGUUUGUAGAAGAAUUUUAGUUGCUUUGUGGCCCCUUUACAUGAUACGCUCCCAUCUUCCCAUGUCAACUAAGCUCCAAAUAGAUACACCAGCUUUAGAUGUUCAUUUACAAACAAUCGUUGAAGGCAGAGGACUUACAAAGCAGAUUUAUUGUCCAGGGACAAUUGAUCACUCACAUCAGCUUACUUUCCAAGUUGACAUGGGUCUUCCAGCAAGCAACCCCUAUGUACCCCUGAAUUACAGUCUAAUAGAUCAAAGACAGUUAUUUGAAAUAAACAAUUCUGAUAUUGAUGAAUCAAUAAAAAUUUUUGAAGAACAAUUGGUGCUCAAAAGUCAGUGGCCCUUUAUUGGUGAUGAUUUUCCUAACAUUGACUGGAUAGCUAUGGAUCAACCUCAGACAAAUGUCUCGGUGCGUUAUCAAUCAGCAGGACCAAGUUCUUGCUCAUUACUACUGGAGUUAUCUCCCUGGUGUAUUAUGUUAAAUACAAGUGGUUUGCAUUUGUCAAUUCAUACACCUCAACAAAAUGAAACUUCACAACUACCUCAUUAUGGAGUCUUGACUCCUCCCAGAUUAGAAAAUACUUUUACAAUACAAGCAUAUAUUGAUAAUGGUUGGCAUUCUUCAAACCCAUUACAAUUUUCUGGUUCAUCAAAUAAUGCAAAUACGAGUGGAUUUUAUAUGCCAAAAAUUACUGGACUCAUACCACAGGAGGGGGAAAUCAAGGCAAUCAUACCAUGUGGUUACAAGAUUUCCAAUCUUAAUAUCACCAGUGAAAUGAAACAUGAUAUGCGGAUAUUACAUAUUUCAUCAAGUCACAUAAUCUACAAUGGCACAGAUCAACCAUUUAAACUUAUAACUUUUGCUUUACGAUUGGAUUCAACCACUUCAAAUCCAGCAGACAAUCAGCGCUCCUCAACUUCAUUUCAUUCUUUUAGUUCUUCACAUUUGAGUUUGUCAAACACAAAUGCAAUAACGACUCCAGAUAAUAUUUCUGCAUGCACUGAAUAUGUACUUCAGCCAGCCAAGCAGAAUAAAAAUAUGGGUGUUCCAAUAACAGAGUGGCGCAAUCUUUCCUAUAAUGCUCCAGUUAAGCAUCGAAGUUCUUUCUUAAAUACAUUUAAUAAACCAACACCAGCAAACAACAACAUCAAUGCAGCUGAAUAUGGAUUUUUCAUCUGUCUCUCAACUAGUAUAGAAAAUAAACAAGAGGAUAUGCUUAAAGAACGAGAAUCCAUGUUUUAUGGAGCAUCUGCACCAUUAAGAGUAGAUUGUGGAACUGGUGUUAUGGCUUUUAGCGCAAGAAGAAGUUUAGCUGUUCCCUGUGAUGGUUAUUCGAUCCCUUUGCUUUUAACAACACAUCAACACAAAGGUUGUGUCUACUUAACAAUCCAAUAUGAUCUCAAUCCCCAAUUGUUGAUUGUCAAUGAAUCUUAUUUGAAAUUGUUAUGUGCACAAGCCACAGCUGAAAGUGCUUCUGGUGAAGAGGAACCCAUGCCAGUAAUUGAAACACCAGAGUUGUGUAUUUUUAACAUUGUACCUGAUUUGGGUUGUACUUACUACACUAUGCCAUCAAUCAAUCAUAGUUUUCCAGAUAUUCAAGGAAAUGCAGCUAGCGAAAACAACUUGACUUUGGCUUUAGCAAAUGACGGUGAACUGUUUUGGUGUCAACCCAUACCUGUUUCUUCAAAAACAAUGAUGUGCGUGACAUUGCCUGGUUUUGGAGAUAUUAAACUAACUAUCACACCCUAUUGCUAUACUACACUACUGGUUAUUCAAACUGUUAGUGAGAUUGAGAUUAGUGCUCGCGAAAUUCGUUCGCGUCUAAGCUGUUCAGGAAGUGAUAUAAUGCUAGAAAAUAAGAUUGGUCCAAAAAUCGUGUCUAAGACUCAACCAAAUGUGAAUUUAAAUCAAUUACCAACACAAAAUCAAAUUCAACCUCAACAUGAUGAAGAAUGUAGUGGUUCGAUUGCUACAAACUCAACUCAAUCUGAGAAUAGACUACCAGUGCUUGUUAAAAACUCAUCACUUCCAAGAUUGGUUUCAGCAGUAAUUGAGAAAUCAAGACCAACAAUGCGUCCUUACGCUUUACCCACAAUUCAAGAAGCCAGCAACUCUCUUUUGGAACCCUACAAUGACAAUUUAUCAUCUUUAAAUAAGAACUUUUCCGAAAGCACUUUCACGUUGCAUCAAUCUCCAUCCAACAAUUAUGAUGAAGAUUUGGGACAAUCCUCAUCAACUACUUUUGGCCCAAAUCAAGGAUGUCAGAGAUCAAGUAGCUUUUUUACUGAUAAAACUUCAGUUGCAAUCUUCUUGAAAAGCUUGACAUUAGUUUUAAUGACCGAUGCUGAUAAUUGUGGAAUGGAUAAAACUGAACUAUGUUCAUUGAAUUUGGAUGAAUUUGCAGUGACUGUUUCGCCUUGUCCUGAGGAGGUGAAUGUCCAUAUAUCCAUGAGCAAUUUCCAAAUUGACAAUCAGCUUUUCAGUCGUGGAGAUUUUGACUUUCCAGUGGUGAUGUUGGGUCAGAAAAAUGAACAGUUAAUUGCUGCAAAUUCAGAUAAAAUUUCCAGUAACUUUACAGCAAAUAAUUUCAACACAGACACAUUAAAUGAAAAUGAUUACAUCUCUCAAAAUACUAAGAUUUAUGAUUUGAUUGCAAAAUCAAGACAUAAUAGUUUGAUAUCUGUUCGCUUGGAUUUUGAAGUAUUUGAUAAUGUGCAUAUUAAUAAUAUUGGCAUAAAAGAUGUAGCUAUUAAAACUGAUUACAUAUCAUUGUAUUUAGAAGACAGUUUUUUUACGGUGCUCUUAAAUUAUUUUGACAAAUUAAAUCCACAAAAUUUAAUUAUACGUCGAGUGCAAUACGAUAAUAACUUUAUAUCUUCAACACCUAUAUUAAUAAGUGGAGUUCACAUACCUAAGAAAAUUAUUAUGUCCUCUCAAUUGCUGGGAAAACCUUUAAGGAUGAACAAACUAACAAUUAAUGAAAUUAAUUUAUUAUUAAGUGUACAUAGUUCCAUUAGAAUGUAUAUUGCAUUAGAUAAAAGUCCUUUGCAUUUCGGUAUUUUUGAAAAAAGGAAUAUAUUGACAACACAUUUUAAACUUGGACAUUCCUUGGCCAUGCAUUAUUUGUCAGGUGCUAUUUUUGGCGCAGGAUGGGUAGUAGGAUCGCUUGAAAUUUUGGGAAGCCCAUCAGGACUUGCAAGAAGUGUUGGAACUGGUCUAAAAGAUUUUGUGCUCCGCCCUUAUGAAGGAAUGCUACGAGGUCCUUGGGGAUUUUUGGUUGGUGUUGCACAAGGUUCAACAUCUCUGUUAAGACAUGUUACUGCAGGUACAGUAAAUUCCUUAAGUAAAAUGGCUGCAUCAGUUGCUCGAAAUCUUGAUAGGUUAACAUUGGACACAGAGCAUUUUCAUAGGACUGAAGAAUUGAGAAGAAUAAGGCCUCAGGGAUUGAGUCAAGGGCUUCUGCAUGGCUUCACGGGGCUUGGAAUAAGCAUUUUAGGUGCUGUUGGUGGAAUAGCUCACCAUCCAUUAAAUGCUCAAACUGCUGGAGGAGUAGUAGCUGGUGUAGGAGUAGGUCUUGUGGGUGCCGUUGCCAAGCCUCUCAGUGGAGCUGCUGAACUACUAGCCCUUGCUGGACAGGGGCUUUUACAUGGCGCUGGCUGGAAUAUUUUGCCACAGGCACGGAAUAUUCCAAUUGUGCAACAGUCUUUUUGUUCAGAUAAUGCAAACCUGAAAUAUCUUUGGAAGAUUUUGCCAAAUCUUUCUGGUCGUGAUUAUGAGCUGUUGUACGCAACUGAAGGAACUUGCGUUACAUAUAGUGGAGCCUAUGAAGCAGUUGCAUUGGUUCUUACUAAACAGGCACUAGUUAUUUUUGAUCUGGAGGAGGAUGCAUGUCAACGUGAAAUUUCUCUGAAUGAACUGCAAGGAUCACCAGAUAUUGGGGACCCAACAUUGAUCUGUUUUAAAAUUAUAAAUCAACACCGUCAUAGCAUCUGCCCUGAUAUUCAGAAUGGAGCAACUCAUAACAACUUGGAUAUACCACCAAUGGAUCCAUCAUGCAGAGCACGAGUAGCUCAAUAUAUUCAUUAUACAUCCAACACAUUAGCAAAUACUAUGCAUACAGUACCUCCUUUGCAUCUGAAUAAUUCCAAUAUAUCAGAUACUUUGUCUGAUGUAAGUGCUACGUCACAACUACAGACUCCUCCUAGUAGUUUAAAUAACAACACAACAAUUGAUAGCGACGAAUGUCAUAUCAGAACUAAUAGAAGUGUGGUAUUCUAUGUGAGUCCACAACACAGAAAUCAUUUCAUAGAAAUGUUCACAAUGGCCAAAAAGCAACUGGAAGGACAUGGUUUUCCUGUUUUCUGAAACAGGUAUCUGAAUUUGUGGCAACAAAUUGUGGCGUGUAUUAUGUGUUACAAAUUGCAUUUGAAAAAAAUUGUUGCUGUGUAAUGUGUGUAAGCCGAAAGUUUUUCUAUAAAUGUACAUUUUUA